UUACACAGCAGCAGGACUAAUCCUGUCCAUCUCUCCGAUCUCUACACCAAUCACAUGCACCUCCUCCUGAGAGGGAGGAGCUUCACUGUGCGAGGAAGUCUGCACUGUUUUCACUUUCUUUUCUUCAGAUUUGCUUCUGCAGCGGCGAAACUGUCUAAACUCUUUCUGUCACUUCUGUUUGCUGGCUUUCCCGUCUGUCUGUCCUAAUCUGUCGCCCUCUCCAUGGCUUCCUCUCUAGAGGAUGAUCUCUCCUGUUCGGUGUGUUGUGAAGUUUAUCAGGAUCCUCAGCUGCUUCCCUGUGGUCACAGUUUCUGCUGCCGUUGUCUGGAAAAACACUUUGCGGUCAACUCUGCCCGAACCUGUCCUGUGUGUCGCCGGACAUCUCCGCAGAAACUGGUGGCCAAUCUGGUUCUGAGGAACGCCUGUGAGUCGUACCUGAAGGAGAAGGAGAAGAAGAACGAUGGAGAAGUAAAAUGUUCUCAACACGGAGAGAAACUCCAGCUGUUCUGUAAGACGGACGAACAGGCCAUAUGUCUGGAGUGUAGGAAACAGAAGCACAGCUCUCACAGAGUGCAGCCUCUGGCACACGCCGUACGGCAACGGAAGAGCCGAGUGAAAGUGGCGCUCCGUCCAGCUGAGAAAGCUCUGGAGGCUCUGAGGAACGGCACCACUCAGAACAGCCAGAUCACCAAAUACAUCGAAUCUCAGGUCCAGCAGGCAGAGAGGCUGAUUAAGAAAGAGUUUGAGAGAUUUCACCAGUUCCUCCAUGAAGAAGAGGAAGCCAGGGUCACUUCGCUGAAGAAAGAAGCGAAAAGGAAGAGAGACAGAGUGCAGGAAAGGAUAGACCGAGAGAUACUGUCUCUCUCCGAGAGAGUGAAAGAAGUGGAAGAAGAGAUGGAGGAUGAUGGAGCCACUUUCCUGCAGAAUUUUGACUCCGUGUUGCAGAGAGCUGAAUACACCGAGCCGGAUUCAACGUUUGGUUCAGAAAGUCUCAUCGACAUGCCUGAACACGUGGGGAAUCUUGGCUACAGAGUGUGGAAGAAGAUGAAGGACAUCUUUCGUUAUUAUCCUGUGGUGCUGGACCCAAACACUGCUCCUGCAGACUUCUCCAUUUCAAAUGACCUGGUUUGUGUUGGAAAGUCAAGCCGUGACCGCCCCAUCCCUGUACCCCAUCAAGGGAACCGCAUAGUGCUGGGAUCUGAAGGGUACACAGAUGGCAUCCACUGCUGGGACAUCGAGGUGGGAGGCAGCAAGCACUGGACCAUUGGGGUGUGUCAACGCUCAGCACAGAUGUACCAUUCGGUACAACCAUUGAGCCCUGAGAAUGGUUUUUGGGCUCUAAUGUGCCGUAAUGGGAAUUCCUACAAGUUCCUUGCCUCAAAGUCAGGUUGUUUUCGGCUAAAAAAGAAGCUCAGAAUGGUGCGGGUACAGCUGGCAUGGCAGUACUGUCUGGAUUGUUUGAGCAAGAAUAUUUGUAGUCGGAGGAGGACAUUAGGCUUUCUAGAUGCUGAUGAUGGAUCCAUGAUUGCUUUCACCGGAGUGCCCCCUGGGGUGGCGCUGUUUCCAUUUCUGAUCCCAGAGGAGCGCUUUGCUCCUUUGCAUAUUGCUCCUGUUGACAUACCACUGACUGUGGAGCAGAUAUUACCUUUUGAAGAAAAUAAAACAAAAUACACUGUUUAUGCAAUAGUUUUGGUCAUAGUUAGUUUCAUACUUGGUAUGUUGAUGAGAAAUGAGUGAAAAGGAGAAAAAAAGACUCAUUUCAGAAACUGUGAUUUAGCUGUUUUGAAGCAUGUUUUAACAACCAAAAUUAUUAAUAUAUUCAAAAGGUGGAGUGAAGGAAUGUGUGAAAAACAUCUUUGUGUAGCAUCUCACAUGGAUUUAUCUAUUAUUACUGGCUUGGAAAAGUUCUUUCUUGAAAUUGCAAGCAUGGAAACACAUAUAGUUGAUCAAUCUAACCC